AUGGCUAUCUCAAAGAACUUACCAUUAUUGAAUAAUCAUUUCAGAAAACAUUGGCAAGAAAGAGUCAAAGUACACUUUGACCAAGCCGGUAAAAAAGCUUCAAGAAGACAAUCAAGAUUAAGAAAAGCUGCCAAAGUUGCACCAAAACCUAUUGAUACCUUAAGACCAGCUGUUAGAGCUCCAACCAUCAAAUACAACAGAAAAGUCAGAUCAGGUAGAGGUUUCACCUUAGCUGAAAUUAAAGCUGUUGGUUUAAGUCCAAAAUACGCCAGGACUAUUGGUAUUUCAGUUGAUCACAGAAGACAAAACAGAAGUCAAGAAACUUUUGAUGCCAAUGUUUUAAGAUUAAAAGAAUAUAAAUCAAAAUUAGUUAUCUUUGACAAAAAGACUAAAGCUUCAGAAACCGUUUCAUAUGAACAAUUAUCAACUUCCGCUACAUUCCCAAUUGAACAAUCAACUGGUGAAAAAGGAACUAGAGCUGUCGAAGUUCCAGAUCAAACUGCUUACAGAACUUUAAGAUUAGCUAGAAAUGAUAAAAGAUACAAAGGUAUUAGAGAAAAAAGAGCUAAAGAAAAAGCUGAAGCUGAAGCUGAAAAAGCUAAAAAAUAA